UAUUUUUCUUGGUAGGUAGACAGAAUCAUGAAGUUUACUUUACAGAAUCAAUAGUAUUUUACCAUCUUCCACUUUCAAAUCUGGCAAAUGCCAACGAAAACCCAACAACUAGUUAAUUCCUCAGUCAGAUAUCCGAAAUUCAACUCCGAGCAUGUCCUUCGCCAUCUCGUAUGACACGAAAGCAAUAGCUAUAGACGGGACCACCUGAAACGAGCGAAAAAAAAUUUCAAUCGGCAACGCAGUGGUACUAUACAUUAAUUUUUCUUUUUCAAAGACUUAAAGACUAUUGUCAACCAACCCCAAAACAAAAUUGUUCGUAAGAUAUAGCAAUCGUUCCAGAACCACUUUUGGCGAAAGGCACCCCAAACGAAACUGCAGCGUCUACCCUAACCCCCCAAAUCCCCAAUCCCUAACCUAUUCAGUACUCAUCGCUCCCUCUUCUCCAAAUCUCCACACCUGCCGACCUGCGCACCCAGCCACCCACCACCGCGAAGCCUUCGGCCCGUCGCACAUCAGGCCAACACGAAGCCACCACCGACCGACUCGACAUGGCAGCACAGCACCACGCCGCCGCCGUUGAGACGCCACCACCCUAAUCCAUCAGUUCAACCCAGCACGGCAGCUCCCAGUCUCCCACUCAGCCUUCCUCCCAAGUCAAUAUGGAGCCCGAGCCACCGAUUCAGUGUUGUAAUCCUACAUUAGAAAGUGUAAAAUUAGGAAACCCUAAUCGACGGACCAUCGACCAUGGAGGAGUUGGAGGAAGAGCUUCAUCUGACGAGUUUGGGCGUGCGGUUUCUCGAAUAGCCGUGGCACAGAUUUGCGAAUCUGCAGGGUUUAAUGGCGUCAAGAAUUCCGCCAUCGAAGCACUUUCCGAUGUCACAAUUAGGUACCUUAUUGACUUGGGGAAAAUUGCUGAAUUUUAUGCUAACCUUGCUGGUAGAUCGCAAUGUAGUGUCUUUGAUUUGAUUCUAGGGUUAGAGGAUUUAGAACAGGUCAAGGGUUUCAUAGGUUCUGGUCAAAGUCAAUGCCUUUUAGGUUCAGGAACUGUUAGGGAUCUUAUGAGGUUUGUGAAUUGCGGUGAUGAGGUUCCUUUCGCUCAGCCAAUAUCGAAUUUUCCAGUGAUUCGGCAGCGGAAAGUUAUCCCUAGUUUCUUGCAAAUGGGGGAGGCACCACCUACUAAGCAUAUACCGCCUUGGUUGCCGGCAUUGCCGGACCCUCACACUUAUAUUCACACGCCUAUGUGGGAUGAGAGGACUUGUGAUCCCCGGGAAGACAAGGUUGAACAGGCCAGGCAACGUAGAAAGGCUGAGAGGUCGUUGUUGAGCUUGCAGAAGAGGUUGUUGUUGUGUAGUGGUUCAGUAGAAACACGCAAUACGACUUCUAAUGUGGUUGUGCCGAGUGGUGGUGGUGCUUCACUUAGACAAGGAGAAGGUGAAGGGGGUGAUAAGAACCCUUACCUUAAGGCUCCUGUGGAUAACAAAGAUGUUUCUCCAGUUCCCUUGCCGGGGAAGCUUUCUGAUGAUGUUGAUAUGAUUGCAAAUCAUGUUUCUGUGUUGGAGGCAUUUGCUCCUGCAAUUGAGAUGAUGAGGAGUAGUGGUAUUUUGUGCGAAGAUGACGGGAUGCAAGGGAGAACAGUUCUUCCAGCUGUGAGACCCACUGUUUAUUUCAAGUUCAGGGCUGGAAAAAAGCUUAUCCACGAGUCCUUGGAUAUGAGGAAUCAGAAGAAGGAUGCUUCACGAACAGCAGCCUUGGCUGGUAGAGAAGACGAGAGGGAUGAUAAGAAGAGGAGAGCUGAGCUUAUUCUCAAACAAUCUAUGGAAAACCCACAAGAACUCACUCUGUUGUAGAUUAGUUUAUUGACUGGAUUUGUUGGAUGAUGUAGGAAUUGAGUUUGUAAAAAUGAAGACCUUCAAGGGUUAACCCUUUUUUGUCUUGAUUAAAACCUUUUUUUCUGUGGCUGUGACU